GUGCCUGCAACAAACGGCAUUAACGAUAAGUAUUAUAACUGAACACAGUACAAAGGAGCAUAAUUAAUUGUCAGCAGAAAGUUUCUGCCGAAACUAUGACUAUGUCCUGCUAUAAGUUGGCAGGAUUAAUCGUCUUGAUAUUCUUUCAGUACCAAGUGGUUUUAGCCGGCGUGUCGCGAGCGACCGAUCAGCAAUCGGAUGAACGCUGUAACCGCAGAGUCGUCGCCUACUACACCUCAUGGGGCAAACGCGAAAUCACCAGAGAGAUGAUGAGUUAUGUCACCCACAUCAUCUACUCAUUCCCAUCCAUGUCCUCCAACGGUAGCCUGUGGUUCGCCAACGGAUCCGAUAUUCGCUUUAACAACCUGAUGAAUUUACGUGGAGAGCAUCGUUAUCCAAAGAUUACGGUGGCUAUCGGUGGAUGGGAUAAUCGGGAAUAUUUUACCAAUCUUUCCAGGUCGGGUGAGGCUUUCCAUGCAUUUAUUUCGAACUUGAAAGAGAUUGUACUUCGAUAUAAACUGGACGGGAUCGACGUUGACUGGGAGUUUCCCGGCGAUCAUCCCGAUGAUAAAUGGUUGUUUAUACUGUUUAUUCGGAAGAUAAGGGAUUAUCUGGAUAUGUGGAGUGCGGAAUCGGGACACCAACGAUACCUACUGACGUACGCAGGACCCGCAGGCGAUACGAUGAAAGGCUUCGACCUGCAACGUCUAUUCGACACGGACGCUCUCGACUGGAUCAACGUGAUGACCUACGACUACUUCGGUCCCUGGGUCAACAGCAGCGCCGGGCGCCGCACCGGUCCACCGGCGCCGCUGUUUUUCAACGGUCCUGCGAACUAUUACCGGUGGAACGUCCACUGGACGAUGGAAAAGUACGCCUGCGCCGUCAAAGAUUGGAAUAAACUGGUCGUCGGGAUUCCGUUAUACGGUCGCUACUGGACCGACGUCAAUCCGACACCGCUGAAUGACUCAGAUCCCAUUUGGCGCGAGAUGAACGAGGAUAUCCUUCUGGAGAAUCACAUUCCCUGGUACGAUAUGAAAGAGAAAUACCUGGAUAACGGCUACGUUCCGGGGUAUAACGAUAAGGUCAUGGGAGCGUAUGCAUGGUACGCGAAGAACCAAACGUAUGUUGGGUAUGAAUCGCCGGAGAGUGCCAGUGCCAAAGUGGAGUACGCUGCCGCUGCGGGACUUGGUGGGGUUAUGAUGUGGACUAUUGACUACGACGAUGACACACUGUCCAUGCUGAAAGCCAUACGGAAAACUGACAUUUGUGCGCAAUCAACCGAAGCGUUCAAAGUUCCGGAGUAUCGGUGUUACGAACCAAGAUGGUGGUCUUGGUCUAAGGAAAAUAUAAAUAAAUUUGGAUUGUGCGGGGUUGCGGCACCGCUGUUGAACGGACUGUAUCCGGUGUGCGAUUCCCUGGAUGUUGCGCAUUCCUGCUGUGGAAGCGAAGGGCGGUGUGGAACGGGAAAAGCGUUUUGUGAUUGUCCCGACUGUGUUGAUUACGGUCGGCAUCCAGAAAAGAUACUGAAAAAUAGUAAAGCACCGAGCGUGAAUGAAGUUCAGUGGUUUACGUCCGAUCUGAAAUAUUUUGGACGAUGCGGAGUAAAUGCCCCGUUGAUCAACGGAACGCCGGCUAUCUGCAAUCCGGAUAAUGAGAAAGCGUACUGCUGCUCGGAUAAAGGACGGUGUGGAACGGGACUAGAGUAUUGUGAUUGCGAGGGCUGUGUUAAUUUUAGAGAGAACCCGGCGUUCCGGUACAGUAAACAGCGGGCGGAGAUUAGAAAGUGGUGGACAUGGGAGAACGGAUCGGAGCAUGUGGGACGGUGUGGACUGUUAGCGCCCCGAAUCGAUGGGGAGGUGGCCGGUUGUGAUCCGAAAAGUGAGAAGGGGUACUGUUGUGGGGCGUUUGGGUAUUGCGGGUCUGGGGAGAAGUUUUGUGAUUGCGAAGGAUGUGUAGAUUAUCGGUUUCUGUGAUUUUUAUUGAGUAAAAAAUACUUAUACCGAAAAUUUUAAUUUAUUGCGUGCUACUUUGUAAUACGUACAGAGUUGUAUAUGUAUAAAUA